AUGGAGUCUAGUCCUUCUAAUCUUGUACAACUAUAUCAACAAAAUACGCAUCGUUCACAAUCGGCAGAUUUUCUUAGGGUUGCACAAAUCGGAUUUAUCCAUCUUGAUUGGUACCCCAUUACUGCUCUAGUCGAGCGUUGGAGACCAGAAACCCACAUAUUUCACUUGCCUUGUGGGGAAUGUACAAUCACGCUGCAGGAUGUUGCCAUACAGUUUGGGUUACGAGUGGACGGGCAACCAUUGACAGGUUCACUACAAUAUGAUUGGAAGAAUAUUUGUGAAGAGCUAUUAGGCGUUCUACCAGAUGAUCUGAAAGGCUCAAGAUCGAGUAUCCUCUGGUUGGCUUCCCAGUUUCCAGAAUUACCUCCCGAUGCCGACGACAUCAACGUACGUAGGUAUGCACGAGCAUACAUUAUGCAGCUUAUUGGAGGAUUUUUGUUCGCUGACAAGUCAAAUAAUCUUCUCUCAUGUUCCUCCUGCUACUGUCUUGAUUUCGAGCAUGCUGGUACGUACUCGUGGGGUGGUGCAUAUCUUGCAUGGUUAUAUAGAGAACUUUGUCGAGCUAUCAAUGCACAACCGUUGGAAAUAACACUACUACAGUUAUGGGCUUAUGAUAGAUUUCCAAUUGUAGCACUACAAGUCUAG